AUCCAAGAGAAGCAACUAGAAGAAACGAGAGUCCAUCUAAGUCGUUGGCUACACUUGAACAUUGCAGUGAACAGUCGUCGUAUUUUCAGUUUCAUUUCAAAAGGUGAAGAAAGCAAAACAAAGUAGCCCUAUUGUUGAUCAAAUCCGAUAGUUAAUAUUGGAAAAUGGACGCAGCGAAGCUCAAAGAACUGAAGCAUUUUACCGAACAGUGUAAAUCCGAUCCUGCCGUCCUCGCCGAUCCUUCCCUUUCCUUCUUCCGUGACUACCUCGAAAGUCUCGGCGCUAAGCUCCCUCCUUCUGCUUACGGCAACUCCAAAUCGAGGAGCUAUGUGGUGGAAGAGAGUGAUGAAGAGAUUGAAGAUAAGGAAGUUCCGCAAGCAGAGCCUGAAGAAGAAGAGGACGAAAUUAUUGAAUCAGAUAUUGAAAUCGAAGGCGACAUUGUGGAGCCUGAUAAUGAUCCUCCUCAGAAGAUGGGAGACUCGUCCGUAGAGGUUACAGAGGAGAAACGUGAAGCUUCGCAAGAGGCAAAGGCUAAAGCCAUGGAGGCCAUCUAUGAAGGUAAAUUGGAGGAAGCAAUUGACCAUUUAUCAGAGGCAAUACUGCUUAAUCCCACUUCGGCAAUCAUGUAUGGGACUAGAGCGAGUGUUUAUAUUAAAAUGAAGAAGCCCAAUGCUGCUAUCCGUGAUGCAUGUGCUGCUCUUGAGAUUAACCCGGAUUCAGCUAAGGGGUACAAGACUCGUGGUAUAGCACGAUCAAUGCUUGGUCAAUGGGAAGAGGCUGCCAAAGAUCUUCACAUGGCAUCAAAGUUGGAUUAUGAUGAGGAAAUAAGUGCUGUACUCAAGAAGGUUGAACCCAAUGCACACAGGAUUGAGGAACAUCGCAGGAAGUAUGAAAGGCUGCAUAAAGAGAGAGAGGAUAGAAAGAUUGCACGUGAAAGACAACGUCAACGUGCUAAAGCUCAGGCUGAGUAUGAGAGGGCAAAGAAGCAAGAGGAAUCAUCUUCCAGCAGAAAACCUGGAGGAAUGCCUGGUGGAUUUCCUGGUGGAAUGCCCGGAGGUUUUCCAGGUGGAAUGCCUGGAGGUUUCCAAGGAGGGAUGCCUGGAGGGAUGCCCGGAGGUUUCCCGGGUGCAAUGCCAGGAGGGAUGCCCGGAGGUUUCCCGGGUGCAAUGCCAGGAGGGAUGCCAGGAAAUGUGGAUUUCAGUAAAAUCUUGAAUGACCCAGAAUUGAUGGCUGCGUUUAGUGAUCCUGAAGUCAUGGCUGCUCUGCAAGAUGUAAUGAAAAAUCCCUCUAAUCUUGCUAAGCAUCAAGGAAAUCCCAAGGUGGCGCCUGUAAUUGCAAAAAUGAUGAGCAAAUUUGCAGGGGCGGGCCCAGGGGCAAAGUAAAAACGAUCUUUGAAGUUGAAAUCAUGUAAAAGGAAGCCUGUGCUGUCCUGGGGUUUCAGCUUGAUACUAGUGCAUUUCUCCCUCCAGGUACUUUGUGUAAUCAGCAUGGACUAUGUUUGGCUACAACAUUAUUCUUGUGUUUGCGAAUUUAAUUCAAGUAUUGUAAACGACAAUCCAUUUCAUAGAAUGCAAGCGUUUCAUUGAAUUUUCCGGAA